AUGGUUAUAUAUAAUAGGAAAAAAUCCAUUUGAUUUAUUGUUUGUUGUUGCAACACAGAUUCCGGAAAUAGAUUUAGAAUUUUAUGAUCACUUUAACAUCUACGUUACGCUUCUUUUGCACAAUAAACCAAUGACGAAUGGAAAAGACAGACAUGAGAUAGUUAGGGAAAAUGGCUGAUGAUGCAGUGGAUCGUGUUUUGACAAUUUUACGUAUAUUUUGAUAUUGAUGAACGACAUGGAAUUUUUUUAUAUUCAAAGACACGAUUUUAAUGAUAUCAUAGAAGAUAAAGUGUUGUGAAUUCCAAGUGUUUGUUAUAGUGUUCGAAAUAAAGUAAUUAUACAGUCCUGUCAAAACUUGUCUGAACCUGUCUAAACGUGAUUCUACUAGCUGCCAUCGCGAAAUUUCAUUACAAAUGCCUUAACAUAAUUUUUAUAAUAUUAUCUGUAGACAAUGAAUUAACCAAGAUAAAUUGAUAUUUGACAGAAUUAAAGAUAAAAUUAAUGCCUUACAAUAUAAAUAAAAAAUUUGCAAUGUACGAUCAUUGUACUAUGAUAUAAACAUAUUAACACUGUUGAUACAGAACGUUACACUAGAAAUAUCUUUGAGGCCAUAAAAUGCCUGUCUAUAGAGUUAACGAUGGGACAGCAUUUUGCUAGUCUCAGAGAAUUUUUUAAGAUGGAUGGUGAAAAACAAUCUACAGAAAUAUAUUCUAAUGUAUUGCAACAACAAUCAACAUUGGAAAUGGUUGACCAAGAUGAUGCAGAAAAUUUACCCAAUUAUGAGAAUAAUGGGAAUGUACCUGUCUUGAAUUUUAAUGUAAUUCCAAACAGAGAGAGUAAAUCAGAAGGGAAUUUGGGAAAUCACAAUUUGAAUUUGGAUCUAGAUAAUCAUAAUUCUAGAUUCGAAUCUUUAUAUAGUCAACCAGUGGAAACUCAGGAUUCAAAACAAAUUCGUGGUAAUGGCAAUAUUAAUAAUCCUGAAACACCAUUCAGACAACAAGAGGCUUGUUCCAGCAGUUCUGGCGGUAGCAACAGUAGUAGUAGUUCCGAGGAUAGUCCAAGAACUCCUCCAUUAAGAAGAUCCUCAAAAACAUUGUCAUUUGGAAAAAGAAAAAGUAAACAACGGAAUAAAGAUCAAAGUCCAGUAUGUAAUCAUAUUUUAUCUUCAAAAAAGAAAAGAAGUAAUUGGGUAUUGAAAUUUGCUAAGAGUAAAACAUCCAAAAAUACUGAUAUUAUUCCUGGUCAAGGCAACAGUAGUUCAGAUUGUGUAUGUACUGGUUAUAGAAGAACCGACGAACACCCAAUGGGUGCAGGAAUUGUAUUUAAUAGUAGAUCUGCACCACAGAGUCCAAUUCUUGGUCCUCUACCGCCAAGUCCUGUGAUCGAUUUGUCAAGAUUUAAUCCAGAGGAAUUUCCUAUGGAGGAUUGCGACGAAAGGGCACGUUUACAACGAGCACGAGAAAUGGAGGAAGGUGUUGAACCUCCUCCUGGAUACAGACCUAAUUAUCCAUCUGGAAUACAGGUGCAUCCAAAUGGUAUAACAGUAGAUAGUUUGGCUGCAUUGUUUCAAGCACAUGCUGGUAUUCAAGUUGCUGCCCUUACUGCGCUAUCCCAGAUAGAUUUUACAUUAAUUCCAAAUAUUGAAAGACCUGCGCAUACGCAGGUCGAUUAUGUACAUUGUCUUGUACCAGAUUUACGGUCAAUAACAGCAUGCUCUUUCUAUUGGGGUAAGAUGGAUCGCUAUGAAGCAGAACGUUUAUUGGAAGGUAAACAAGAAGGAACUUUCUUAUUACGAGAUUCUGCGCAAGAAGAAUUCUUAUUUUCCGUAAGCUUUCGAAAAUAUGGACGAUCUCUUCAUGCACGAAUUGAACAAUGGAAUCACAAAUUUAGUUUCGAUUCACACGAUCCAGGCGUUUAUGCCUCUGAAACGGUAUGUGGUUUAAUAGAACAUUACAAGGACCCAUCAUGUUGUAUGUUCUUCGAACCUAUGCUCACUAUACCAUUGCAUCGUAAUUUUGCCUUUCCUCUACAACAUUUGUGCAGAGCAGUUAUAACUACAAGAACGACAUAUGAUGGUAUAAAUAAGCUGCAGUUGCCAAAGACGCUUAAAAGUUAUCUCAAAGAGUACCAUUAUAAACAAAGAGUGCGUGUUAGGAGAUUAGAUACAGAAAAUGAUUUACAGACAGACGCGAGAUCCAUAUCAUAUUUACCUUUAAUAUGAGCCUUUAUAUAUAAUGUAGAAAUACUAUCGUUUGCUUUAUUAAUUUCCUUGCAUCUACAGUACUGCCACAGCCUUUUGUGGUAUAUGCACAUCAUUAUAUCAAAGCUGAUAAUUUAUUUCAAAUUCUCUAAUGUCUCUGCAAUAUUAGCAAAUAAAACGCACAUAUUUAGCAAUGUAUUCAGCAAAAAAAUAAUAGUAGAUUUGGUUCAAAUAGUAACAAUUUUUAGGGGGCUGUACCAGCAGCACUUAUGUUCAAGUGGCAAAUGUAUGCAUUCAAUUGUGAAACUUGAUAGUUUAAUAUGUAAAUAUGUCACAACAUGCGUAGUUGAUUAUCAGAAUCAAAGUUCUUUUUAUAAACUUAAUUAUGAAAAUUUAAAAAGAUUUAUUCAAAAAUAUGUAAUUUAAUAUGAUAUUUUACAAGAUUAAAGAUUAAUUCACAUGCAUAUACCUUGUUUAUAUCAAGAGUUGAUAAAAUUUGUGAGAUUAAUCAUUUGUAUUAGUUACUUGUAUAAUUAUGUAUCCAAAUUAUUAAAAAAAUUUCAUUUAUUGUAAGAUGGAUCUGAUAGUGUAAAAUUCCAUCUUUACGUGCAUUUGUAAAACUUUUCAAUAAUGAUCAAAAUAUUCUUAUUCCUAAUGUGCCUACUUACAAUGUGAAAUAUCAGCACAUGGAAUCUGUGUGUUAGUAUUCAUACUUAUUGAAUACGUAACAAUUUCAAUAUUGAUCAAAAUUGUGUUUAUCUUUAAAAUGCAAUCAGUAUUUGAAAUUUGUUACUUAAUUUUUAAAAGAUAAUGUAAAUUAAAUACAUUGUUUUGUUCUCAAAUUGAUAAGGUUAUGAAACCAUGUAUUAUUAUGCUUUAAAAUUGUUAAAUACAUUGGUUGAUGGUUAUUCAUAUAUAACUAAUUUCUUAUUAAAAAUAAAAUUUAAUAUUUAUUAAGUGUA